AUGGAGAAGGGUGGACAGCGGCAGGCAGACAACGGCAGGCAGACAGAAGUCCCGUUCCCGGUGGAAGAGGUGAUGAAGCUCAAUGAUGGAGAAGCAAAAUCUUCCGGUGAUAUUGUGUAUUUGGCAGGAGUCAAAUACAUCGUGCUGCAAGACCAACUAAGUGACGAUGAUGACCCGCACAUGGCUGUAAAGACUCUCUUAGGUGUAGACGGGGGCAAGUGCUACAACGGCUGCAUCUUCAAGACCAAAGAGUAA